UUGAUUUUAUCUGUGGCCUGUUACAAUUGACAUUUAUCAUUCUUUAUUAAUAUUUCUCUGUGUAUAUAUACUAUGCUUUCUGUGUCAUUAAACUAAGAAGCUUUCACUGAAUGAUGGUAUCGGUGGGACUUUUUCCUGGGCCCAGACUAGAGGAAAUCAGCCAGAGCAGGGUUCAAAUUCUGGUUCUGACUGGUUUCGGACAAAGAACUUAACAGUUUCCUGGUGUCAGAACCAAGGAUAUCUGGAUGAAGGUGCCAUCGGACGACUCGGUGGGAUUGCUGGCCGAGCCUCAGGUGGCCAUGUUCUGUGGGAAACUCAACAUGCAUAUCAACGUCCAGAGUGGAAAGUGGGAGCCUGAUCCUACUGGCACCAAGAGCUGCAUCAGAACCAAGGAAGGAAUUCUGCAGUACUGCCAGGAGGUGUACCCUGACCUGCAGAUCACUAAUGUAGUGGAGGCCAACCAGCCAGUCAGCAUCCAGAACUGGUGCAAGAAGGGCAGACAUCAGUGCCGCAGCCACGUACACAUUGUAGUGCCCUAUCGCUGCCUGGUCGGAGAGUUUGUGAGCGAUGCCCUUCUGGUUCCUGACAAGUGUAAAUUCCUACACCAGGAGCGGAUGGAUAUGUGUGAGAGCCACCUGCACUGGCACACUGUGGCCAAAGAGUCAUGUGGUGAUCGUUCGAUGAAUCUGCAUGACUUUGGGAUGCUGUUGCCAUGCGGUAUUGACCGUUUCCGUGGUGUAGAGUUUGUGUGCUGCCCGCUGGAGGAGCAGAGAGACUCUGAGGCUGAAGAGCAGGAGGAAGUCAACUCGGACGUCUGGUGGGGAGCCGCUGAGAAUGAAUACACUGACAGCCUGCCCAAACAAGCCCCUACAGAACAGCAGGAACUAGAGUCUGUCAAUGUGGAUGUAGAUGAAGACAUAGGAGAUGAUGUAGAAGAGGGCUGGGAGAAUGAUGAGGAUGGUGAUGGUGUGGAAGAUGAUGAGGAAGACGAUGAGGACGAGGAUGCUAUAAACGAACGUGACACCAGUGAGCAAGCUUCAAAUGUUGCCAUGACCACCACCACUACUACAACCACUGAGUCUAUAGAAGAGGUUGUGCGAGCCGUGUGCUGGGCUCCGGCACGGAAAGGCCCGUGUGACGCCAAGCUGCCCCGCUGGUACUUUGUGGCCGAGACAGGACGGUGUGCUCCUUUCACCUUUGGGGGCUGCGGAGGCAACCGCAAUAACUUUGAAUCAGAGGAGUACUGCAUGGCUGUGUGCAGCAGCAGCGUGUUGCCCACUAUGGCUCCGAGCCCCCCCGACGCCGUGGGCCGCUACCUAGAGGCUCCUGGAGAUGUUAACGAACAUGCUCACUUCCAAAAAGCUAAAGAGCGUCUGGAGGCCAAACACAGGGAGAGGAUGUCGCAGGUGAUGAGGGAGUGGGAGGAGGCGGAGAGGCAGGUGAAGAGCCUUCCCCGUGCUGAUAAGAAGGCUGUCAUUCAGCAUUUCCAGGAAAAGGUUGAGGCAUUGGAGGCAGAGGCAGCCAAUGAGAGGCAGCAGCUGGUGGAGACUCACAUUGCUCGGGUAGAGGCUCUACUUAACGAGCGCCGACGUAUGGCACUGGACAGCUUCCUAACUGCACUACAGGCUGACCAGCCCCGGCCUCGUCAGGUGCUUGGCCUGUUUAAAAAGUAUGUACGUGCCGAACAGAAGGACAGGCAGCACACGCUUAAACAUUUUGAGCAUGUACGCAUGGUGGACCCCAAGAAAGCUGCCCAGAUCCGCCCUCAGGUGCUAGCUCACCUGCAUGUCAUCGAGGAGCGUCUGAAUGAAAGCGUGGCUUACCUCUACAAGGUCCCACAGGUGACCAAUGAAAUCCAGGGCCAAGUGGCGUUGCUGCUGGUGCGUUUGCAGGCCGAGGCCACUCAGCAGCUUUCCUCUGUUCAGUCGGAUAUGAGAGUGAGUUACGGUAACGACGCUUUGAUGCCCCCUGACAGCACCCCAUCUGUGGACUCUGUGGUCGUAGAGCAGGACAACCUGGGCUUCAUCCACCCUGAGAGCUUCAACCAAGCCAACACUGACAACCAUGUUGAGCCUGUAGAUGCCCGUCCAGUUCCAGAUAGAGGACUUCCCACACGACCCGUGUCUGGCCUAAAGCCUGAUGAGAUGCCAGAGGUACGGAUGGACAUUGAAGAGAGGCACAGCACUGGAUAUGAAGUGCAUCACCAGAGAUUGGUAUUUUUCGCAGACGAUGUAAGCUCUAAUAAGGGAGCCAUAAUCGGCCUAAUGGUAGGCGGAGUCGUCAUCGCUACCAUCAUUGUUAUCACCCUCAUAAUGCUGAGGAAGAAGCAGUACUCCUCCAUCCACCAUGGAGUCAUAGAGGUCGAUGCCGCAGUGACUCCAGAAGAACGCCACCUCACUAAGAUGCAGCAGAACGGCUAUGAGAACCCUACCUACAAGUUCUUCGAGCAGAUGCAGAACUAAGUCUUCAUUCUCACCCCACACCACUUCCCCUCUCACCUCUCUCCAUCAGGACAGUGAAUAAACGCUGAUCCUUCAUCUGCUCUAGUGUUGAACUCAUGGAGAUGAGAGUGGCUUUUAUCACCUGACCAUUCAUUCAAUCACACACGAGUGUUCACGUUGUUUGCACAGAAAAGCGACGCAUCGUUUUUCCUCAUCCAGCCAUAUGUAUGUCUGUCUGUAUGUCUGUCUGAUCUGGACUCCUCUACCUGUCAAUCAAGUCAAAGCACUAAGUAUCUUUCUGUAUUUUCACCUAGUCUCUUUUCCCAGUCCAUCCAUCUGUCCUCUCUGCUCUAGCUCUGUCUGUGCUCUUUAUUGUCCUGCACUUAUUGUCUGCUUUUCCUCUAUCACUCUUCUGUGGCUUCCCUCCAUCAUCCUGUCUUUAUUGGAUUUUCGGACAGCAGCUGUGCUGAGCUCACGUGUGAAAGACUUUGAUUGCAAAGAUGGCCAGAAGCAAGAAUAAUGUACUCACCAUUUUGAGCUUUCUGUUUCCAGACCGGUCUUGUCUUAGGUCUGUAACUUUUUUUUUUUUUUUUUUUUUUCAGAAAAAUAUUUAAAACAAGAUUUUAAAAUAUAUAUAUAUAUAUAUAUAUAUAUAUAUAUAUAUAUAUAUAUAUAUAUAUAUAUAUAUAUAUAUAUAUAUAUAUAUAUAUAUAUAUAUAUAUAUAUAUAUAAAAAAUACUUAAGAUGAUAAAUAUUAUGGGUUUUUUUUAUUGUGUGAUGUAUUGAAACAAGAGAGAAAAUAUCUGUACUUAUUUAGUGCAUGGCAAUUAUGACGGAGAGAAGGUUUCAGAUCCACAUGCUGGUCUCUGCCACUCUCAACAUAGAGAUUAUAGCAGGAUUGUACAUUUUAGUGUUUUCUUGUGGUCAUGUAAUUUUAAAGAAUAGCAAAAAUUCCAAAUGUAUUUAAAGCUUUGUUUCAGAGACAUGCUUUAAAUGAAGUCAGUGCUUUUGUUUUAGACUAUUCUAUAAAACAAACACACACACACACACACACACACACACACACGGCUGCAUGGGGCUGGAGAAGCUGUAAUAUGCUAAUGAAGUAUAAUACUAGCCCAUGUGUUUUGUUGGUAUCCUAUGCAUUCCUCAUUUUGUGGGCUUUUUGUUUUUUCAAGGGGCCUUUUGCUUUGGCCCUAUUUACUUUCAUUCCAUCUCAGGAUUUAAUAAGAGAAGGAAACGGUGGAUUUAUUGUUUCUGUUCACCUUUUUUGGAAGACAAAUAUAUUUCCCAUUUGCAUUGCUUUGUAUCUGUGACAUUCACACUAAAUGGGAUAAAACCUUGA